AAAGCAGAUUUUUGCAUAAAAUUUAGAAUUUUAAGGAUAUUUUACAAUAAAUGAAAAAAAUAAAUAUUUUAAAAAAAGAUCCUGUUGUAGAAAUAUUAAUAAAUUCUUUAGCAAACCUACCAACCCCAACUUCAAUUUCAUAUUUAUGAAACAUAGGUUUUCUCCUAGGAAUAACACUAAUACUUCAAAUUAUUACAGGACUAGUAUUAUCAAUAAAUUUUGUAAGAGAAACAUCAUUAGCAUUUCAAUCAGUUAUACAUAUUAUGCGGGAUAUUGACCACGGUUGAGUUAUACGGUACAUUCAUAGAAAUGGGGCUUCAUUAUUUUUUAUUUUUAUAUACAUCCAUCUAGCCCGAGGAAUUUAUUUUAACUCUCCAAUCAAAAUACCAAUAGUAUGGGGGUCAGGUGUGAUUAUCCUACUUCUUACUAUGAUAACUGCUUUCAUAGGAUACGUUCUACCUUGAGGACAAAUGUCUUUCUGAGGAGCUACAGUUAUCACAAGAAUAAUCUCAGCCAUUCCAUAUUUAGGCCCACAAGUAACAACCUGAGUGUGGGGAAACUUCUCAGUAUCCCAGCCCACCUUGAAUCGAUUCNCCAUCUAG